AAUUGAACGAAUCCUAUGUACCAAACGCUAUAGACGAAACAAUGCAGAGAUUAUUGUUACUUAAUUCUAUUGAAACAAUAUUGUUUCAAACAAUUAAUUGCUAUCGAUAUCGCAGUCGUUUAAGUUAACGGUGUUGGACGAAACGUUCGUCGAAACGAGAUGGUGCUUCCGAUAUCGUUUUACUCUCGUUAUUUUGGCGUAGUUGGUCCUGUUGCAUAGAAAGCGCGCGUGUAGCGUGCAGGGGGUACGGAAUGGCAUGGUUUCGAAGUAUGUGCCACACAUCCUUCUAGGCUCGUCCCCUCUACCACCGCUGGCUGGCGGUCCUCGAUGACCUCCGGCCUGUCAGUCCGCACCGAGAAGCCGUUCAGGCACCAUCAGCAUCCGCGUCUCUCUCUUCGCGUUCUCCCGAGGAGAGAAAAAGAGUGCGAGAGGGACAAAGAAGGGCGAUAGAGGGGAAGUAAGAGAAUCUCUUCUGUCCUAUCCAUCGCGAUCUCGGAAGAACACGAGGCCCUUGAGGACGAAGGGGGAGAGGUGCCGACAGUGGCGGGCCCGAUCUGUCCACUGUCAGGAUGGCAAGGUGGUUGCUGAUAGUUUCGUUAACCGGUCUUCUGGUUCACGAAGCGAGGAACGAGAUCCUCACGCCGCCGUAUUUCAAUCUCGCCGAGGGCAAGGAGAUCAUCGCGUCGGCCACGUGUGGCGUCGACACCCCCGGCCCGGAACUCUACUGCAAACUCGUCGGUGCCAACGCCGACCAGCACGAAGACAUCAAUUUGAUACAGGGUCAGGUAUGCGAUUACUGCGACCCGGACAACCCGGAGAAGGUACACCCGCCGGAGUAUGCGGUCGACGGGAUGGAAACCUGGUGGCAAUCGCCGCCGCUUUCCAGAGGUAUGAAGUACAACGAGGUGAACUUGACGAUCAACCUGGGACAAGAAUUUCACGUGGCGUACGUUUACGUGAAGAUGGCGAACUCCCCUAGACCCGGGCUUUGGGUGCUCGAGAAAUCGAAGGAUUACGGGAAAACCUGGUCCCCCUGGCAAUACUUUUCGGACACCGCCAGCGAUUGUGUGACUUACUUCGGCGUGGACAGCCAGAAACCCAUCACUAGGGACGACAGCGUGAUCUGCACCACGGAGUAUUCGCAGAUCGUUCCUCUGGAAGGCGGCGAGAUACCGAUUUCGAUUUUGAACAACCGCCCUUCCGCCAAACACUACUUCAAUUCGACUCUCUUGCAAGAAUGGACGAGGGCGACGAACGUCAGGUUUCGCUUCUUGAGGACGAAGAACCUGCUGGGGCACCUGAUGUCGUUGGUCAGAGAAGAUCCAACCGUGACCAGAAGAUACUUUUACUCGAUCAAAGACAUCAGUAUCGGCGGUCGUUGUAUGUGCAACGGGCACGCGGACACGUGCGACGUACUGGACCCGAAGUUGCCGACGAAACUGUUCUGCAGAUGCCAGCACAACACUUGCGGGCCCCAGUGCGCGACUUGUUGCAAAGGUUUCGAACAGAAGAAGUGGCGGCAGUCCACGGCGGUAAAGAAGUUUACGUGCGAACCUUGCAACUGUUUCGGCCACUCGGACGAGUGCAAAUACGAUCCAGAGAUCGACGAGAAGCACUUGUCUCUGGAUAUUUACGGGAACUACGAGGGCGGCGGCGUCUGUCAGAAUUGCCGGGACAACACGGAAGGAGUGAACUGCAAUCGGUGCAAGUCGCGUUUCUACAGACCGCGCGGCAUGCCUCUCAACGCGACCGAUGUCUGUCAACCCUGCAACUGCGACAAUUUUUACUCGACCGGGAAUUGCGCUGACGUGACGGGCAAAUGCGAGUGCCGAAAGGAAUACAGCCCGCCCGACUGCGACAGUUGCAACGACGGAUACUUUGGAUAUCCGAAGUGCGUGCCUUGCCAGUGUCACCUGAAAGGAACGGACGGAGACUACUGCGAGGCGAUCGACGGUUCCUGCCCCUGCAAACCAAAUUACGCUGGCCAUUAUUGCAACCUCUGCGCGGAAGGCUAUUACAAUUUUCCGGACUGUUUGCCUUGCAGAUGCAAUCCACAGGGUUCCUUGAACGACAUCUGCGACGUGGUCUCCGGUAACUGCACGUGUGAGAACAAUUACGGUGGCAGGACGUGCGACAUUUGCGAGGACGGUUACUUCAAUUAUCCCGUCUGUAAAUAUUGCAACUGCGACACGCGCGGAACUCAGCCGGAGAUUUGCGAUAAAUCGGUCGGUGCCUGUCUUUGUAAAGAAGGAUACGGGGGCCUCAGGUGCGAUCAGUGCAUCAGUGGAUAUUACGGAUAUCCGAAUUGCAGGCCUUGCAAUUGUAGCUCGGUAGGAUCGUCCACCGUUAGCUGCGACGCCACAGGAAAAUGCUCCUGCCUCACGAAUUUCGCCGGGAAGACUUGCGACCAAUGCAGUCCUGGAUAUUACAUGUACCCGGAAUGCACAGCCUGCGACUGCGACAGCCACGGGUCCAUCGGCGCUUCUUGCGACGCGGAGGGUAAAUGCCAGUGUCGAGAGAAUUUCGACGGCGUCAGAUGCGGUCAAUGCAAGGAGGGCUUUUACAAUUUCCCCACCUGCGAGGGAUGCAACUGCGACCCAGCAGGUGUACUCGAGACCUUUCAGGGAUGCGGCUCUCUGCCCGCUGGCGAGCUCUGUCAGUGCAAGGAUCGGGUCGAAGGAAGGAUAUGUAACGAAUGCAAGCCGCUCUAUUGGAAUUUGCAACCUUACAAUCCUCAGGGCUGCGAAGAUUGCCACUGCAACAUACCUGGCGUUAUUGGAAAUAUCGGCGAGUGCGAUACAAAGAACGGUCAGUGCAUCUGCAAGCCCGGAGUGAUGGGCAGGAGUUGCGACCAGUGCGUAGAUGGAACGUACAAUCUGCAGGAGAGCAAUUUCUUCGGGUGCACAGAUUGCGCCUGCGACAUCGGUGGAUCCGUCAGCUCGAUAUGCGACAAACAGACAGGCCAGUGCCAAUGCCAGCCACGAGUCACCGGGCUUACCUGCAGAGAGCCACUGAAGGCUCACUACUUCCCCACGCUUCAUCAAUUCCAAUACGAAGCGGAAGACGGUAGAACGCCCAGCAGCAGCCCUGUUCGUUACGGUUUCACCGAGGAGCUCUUUCCGGGGUACAGUUGGAAGGGAUACGCGGUGUUCUCCGCCCUUCAAGACGAGAUCAUCUUGCCCGUUUAUAUCCAGAAGUCGUCCCUUUACCGAAUGGUUCUGAGAUACGUGAACCCGAACAACGAACCGAUACUUGGCACCAUCACCAUCACUCCCGACAAUCCAUCGGGCGUGGAGCAGUACUUCAAAGUGAACUUCAAGCCAACGGUCAAACCAUCGUUCGUGACCGUCGCUGGGGCCCACGGUAACCAUCCCUCGCCUAUGGUGAUGGAUCCAGGCCGUUGGUUCUUCAGGAUCGCUACAAAGAAGAGCCUCUUCCUCGAUUAUUUCGUGCUGCUUCCAUCCGAGUACUACGAGGCGUCUAUUUUAACACAGGACGUGAACAUACCGUGCGAGGUUGGGUACAAAGGACUCUGUCGCCACUACGGCUAUCCGGACUUGACCAGAUUCGACUCCGUUCUCGGGGCUGGUGGAUUUUUGAACGAGAACGACGUCAGAAUCCCUCUGACGGAAUAUUUCACGGAAAGAGACAUUCUUCGAGAGAUCGACAGGGAAGAGGUACCAUUGAUCAACGAUAAACAAGAGGAGAUACAUUUCGAUUUAAGAGUCUCGAAGCCGGGCCCGCACGUGCUGUUGGUGACGUACGUUACGCCGAAGGACGAGACCGUGACGUCUACGCUUCUUAUAGAGGCGAACACCGUCGGCAAAGGAAAAGCUACUCUGUACCCAUGCAAAUAUACGAGCAUCUGCAGACAGGUCGUAACCGACACCUACGGCAGAGUGGCUGCCAUGAACUUCCCUUCGAAUUACGUCAGUUUAAUCUUGACGGGCGAGCCCGUGUCCAACGUCGCCAUCGACUCCGUCGUGGCAAUCCCCUCGCAUCAGUGGUCUCUGGAUUACGUGAAGCCUAAAUCCAUCUGCGUUAAAAAAGACGGCGUUUGCGUGAAAGGCCAGUUCCCCGGAGCCGCCGAUGCCAAAAAGAUCGAGUUCGAGAGCGUCGGUACCGUCCCGGAAUCCACGAACAGACCUAUCGGUAUAUACGACAACGCCACCAAGCUGAUCUACCUGGACGACAAGAACACGAUGGUCGACAUCCACGCUAAAGUCUUCCAACCGGGAGACUACACGUUCGUCGUUCAAUAUUAUCAACCAGAUUACCCGGAGUACGAGCUGGACGUUCUGGUGCAGAACGGAAAGUUCUACGAGGCGAAGAUAUCCGUUCCCCACUGCCCCAGCAACAGCGGUUGCCGCAGCGUCGUGAGGCAAAUCGACGGGAACAUCGGGUUCCAGCUGAUCGAGAACUUCGUGAUAACCUUCAAGGAGAGCACCGAGAACGGGAUCUGGCUGGAUUACAUGCUGGUAGUCCCUAGCGAACAGUACAACGAGAAAAUCCUCAAGAAGAUUCAAGUAGACCAGACGAAGGAGUUCAUUAAGAAGUGCGGGUACAAUCACUUCCACAUCAACAUCACCAAGGAGGGAUUCUGUCGCGAUUCGAUUUUCUCGCUAACGGCGAACUACAACAACCGCGCUCUGCCGUGCAACUGCGACAUAGACGGCACCAGAAGUUUCGAGUGCGAGAAGUUCGGCGGACAGUGCCCGUGCAAGCCCAACAUCAUAGGCAGACGAUGCGAAAUCUGCAAGACCGGGUUCUACGGGUUCCCCAAUUGCAGGCCGUGCAGUUGCCCCAGCACCGCCCUUUGCGAGCCGGAAACAGGAGCGUGUAUCUGCCCGUCGAGGGUCACGGGCGAACGAUGCGAUCAGUGCGAAGUAGGAACGUACGGGUUCCACCCGAUAAUCGGCUGCGAGGAGUGCAACUGCUCCCCCGUCGGCGUCGUCGACGGCGACAUGCAGUGCGAUCUUCUGACCGGCAGUUGCAGGUGCAAGGAAAACGUGGUCGGUAGGCAAUGCGAAAAGUGUCGGUCCGGGUACUCGCAGUUCCCGCAUUGCGAGGCGUGCGACUGCGACGUAAGGGGCACGACCGCCGACAUUUGCGACCAGUACACCGCCGAGUGUUACUGCAAACCGAACGUCCAAGGUUCUGCUUGCGACGUUUGUAAAGAGGGCACCUUCAAUAUCCAAGAGAGGAACGAGGACGGCUGCACCAAGUGCUUCUGCUUCGGCAAGACCACCAGAUGCGUGUCCGCGAACCUCUACAGGACCCACGUGUUCGACAUGACCGGCUGGGGCCUCGCCGUGUCGGCCGAGAAGGGCGCGAACUUGAUGUCCUUGACGACGUACCCGCAAGAGCUGAACGAGACCACCGUCGCGACCAGUCUAACCGGCAACGACACUUCCGGGGAGGUUGUUUACUUCUCAGCGCCGGACGCUUACCUGGGAAAGAAAUUAACGUCCUACGGGGGUCACCUAAAUUACACCGUUCACUACAGCACGGGACUUUUCGGUAACGCGGUCAGCGCGGCUGACGUGAUCCUUCAAGGUUACGACACGACGUUGUUCUACUACGCCGACGAGCAGCCCCCGUCGUUCACGAUAUUUCAGGCGUCCCUGGAAUUGAUCGAGUCGAACUUCAUCACUCACAAUCGACUCAGCGCUACCAGGGAACAACUCAUGGUGGUUCUCGAGAAUCUUCGGGGCAUACAUAUCCGAGCGACUUACUGGAACCCCAGUAUCCAGGCAUCCUUGUCCUACGUGCUUCUGGACGUGACCACCGAGUUUUAUUCGGCCCAGUACAACGUUCCUGCUGGCAGCGUCGAACAAUGCCAGUGCCCACCAAAUUACCAAGGACUCUCUUGCGAAGAAUGCGCGCCGGGCUACUAUAGGGUGCAGUCCGGUCCUCACGGAGGAUGCGUUCGUUGCGAGUGCAACGGCCACGCUGAUACUUGCGACGUCAACACCGGAAUAUGCUUGAAUUGCAAAGACGGGACCACGGGCGAUCACUGCGAGCUCUGCCAGGAAGGCUAUUACGGUAACGCCACCGGCGGAACCCCAACGGAUUGUCUGAUCUGCGCCUGCCCGCUACCCGUUCCCUCGAACAACUUCGCCACCGGUUGCGACGUGAACGAAGAAGGUAACAAGAUAAGCUGCGACUGCCUUCCGGGCUACUACGGGGCCCGCUGCGAGGUCUGCGCUUCCGGUUACUACGGGAACCCGGAGGCGUACGACGAUUAUUGCAAACCCUGCGAGUGUUCCGGGAACAUCGACACGAAUCAAGUCGGCUCCUGCGACUCGAUAACGGGCGAGUGUUUGUCGUGUUUGAACAACACGUACGGAACGGCCUGCAACAUCUGCGCGCCCGGGUUCUUCGGGGACGCCGUCGAGAGAAAGGAUUGCCGGAGCUGCGUGUGCGAGGAGUGCGGGAUGGAGCACUGCGACAGCUACACCGGCAAGUGCUUCUGUCGCGAGAACGUCGUCGGGGACAGAUGCGACCGUUGCGAAGACGACCACUACGGUUACGAUAGUUGCGACGGGUGCAAGGCUUGCGAUUGCGAGGUGGCAUCCGAGAGCAGCCAGUGCGACGAGAACACGGGCCAGUGCAAAUGCAGGCCUGGCGUCACUGGACGCAGAUGCGACCAGUGCGUUCCGGGAUACUGGAAUUACGGACCCGGAGGAUGCACCUCGUGCGGGUGCAAUACCGGGUACUCGGUCGGGGUGUCCUGCAACACCACUACCGGCCAGUGUACGUGUUUACCAGGUGUUGUAGGGGAGAAAUGCGACCAUUGUCCGUACAGGCACGUCCUGAUUCCGGGGCAAGGAUGCUUCGCCUGCGACUCGUGUCACGGAGACUUGUUGGACGUCACCGACGACCUGUCCAAUCUGUUGGACCCUGUAUUCAGGGAGUACAGUUCAGUUGCCGAGAGCUACUUCACCACUCAACGGCUCAAGUUCAUCAACGACACGGCGAACGAUCUGUAUCCACAGGUAAUACUCCUCGAUCCCAGCCGUGUGAACUUUCUGCCCCUCCAACAAGAAGUGAAGAGGCUGGAGUCGGAGGUUUCGAACCAGAAACGCGAGAUCGAUUUCACCGCGGAGGACAGCGUGAACUGGAAGUUCGCGGCCGAGAACACGUUGAAGAACAUGAAUUACCUGGAGUCGGACGUGAUCGAGGAGAUCGACUUCGCGAGGUCUACCGUCUCCGAGGUGGAGUCCUUGGCGCUGAACAUCGACGUGGAUAACGGCGGUAAGGUGGACAGCGCGUUGAAAGAGGCUACGGAGAUCCUGAAGAGGAUCCAGGACGUGUCGUUCGUAAAGUUCCGCGAUCGCGCGACGGACCAGGCCGACACGGCCAACAUCCUCGUGUCGAGCAUGUUCGAGUACAACGCGCCGGUGGACAAUUUGCUGGCGAUCGCCGGAGAUUUGGGCAAGAAGAUCCGAAACGUGACCGGCAAGAUGGACGAUCUCGAGGAGAUCGUCUGGAACGCACAGGAAUUGGCGAGCAAGGUCGACAGGUUGAACCAAGAGAACAGAAUCGCCGCGGACACGGGAAAUUUCGACGUGGUGAAGAAUGCCACCGGCGAAGCGGAGGAGGACACGUUGGCAGGCGAGGAGCUGAACAAAAACGCCACCGAGUGCAUCGAGAUAGCGAGCCGGAACGUCGCGGCCCUCACCAGAGACGCGAUGGACGAAUCCAUGGAUACGUUGAACGCGACGAUCAUCGAGAACGAUUUAAUGCUGGUGGAGCUGGUCGAACCGGUUCAAAACGCGCGCGACCACGCGGAGUAUCUCUACAAUCGUUCCUUAGAUUUGGACGACCUGCUGACGGACACGAGAAACACGGACGCCGUGAAAGCGGUUUCCGCUUACAGAAACAUCGGAACGGCCAUCGAGGAAGCCCACGAAGCAGCAGCCGACGCCAUCGACGCCGCCAACAACGCGACCGGUUUGUCCGACGGGAUCAAGCAGAGGAUGCUCGACUCGCGAAACGCGUCUCUGCGUUUACUGGGAUCCGCCAGGGACACCUCGGAGAAGACCAGAGGGAAACCCGAGGAGGACCUGCGGAACGCUCGAAUGGACGCCACCUCGAUUUUCGAUCAAAACAAGCGCAACAAGGACCUCUUGGACAACGUCGACAAGAUCCUUUCCGGUAUCCCGCCGCCCACUUCGACGAUCGCUCAGGCCGCCAUGGACCAGGUCGUAAACGUCGGAGAGAGUAUCGAGCGGUCCGUAGACGAUAUGAACAGGGUCGUUAACGAGAUACCGGCGGACCUUAAGAAGACGAAACAGCUGUCGAAGAACAUUUCGGAAUUCAUGCGCGACGUGUCCCAGGCACAGAGACAGCUCGACAUCGUCGACGGGCACGUUCCCCGUAUCGCCGCGAUGUUGAACGGUUUGAACGACAACCAGAGAGCGAUCGACGCGCAAGGGAACGACCUUCACGGCAAGAUCGAAACGUUGAAGAGUAAAAUCGCGAACGCGAGAGAAUUGGCGGAUCGUUUCGAGACCGGUCUGACGUUCUAUAGAAACACCACGCUCGAGUUGAAGAAUCCUGAAAGUCUUCCUCUGUUGGCUACCUCUACCAAAGUCUCUCUGUAUUUCAGAACGAAUAAAACCAACGGUUUCCUGUUGUACCUCGGGAACGAGGAGAACGCGAAAUUGCCGUGGUCGAAGACUCGCGACUUCAUGGCUCUCUUGAUAGAGAGCGGAUAUCCGGUGCUGAUCAUCGACCUGGGCUCCGGGCCCGAGAAGAUCAUCAACCCGAAGUUCGUGUCCGACAACGUAUGGCGACAGAUAAUCGUCGAUAGAACGGGGAAGAACGUGAAGCUGAUUAUCCGCGAAGACAUCGGCGAGGGCAAGGAUCGUCUCUACGAAAAGGGACACGUGUUGCCGGGCUCGUACUCGAUAUUCGACGUCGACCAAGAGCAUUCGAAGCUGUUCGUAGGCGGCUACCCUUCUUCGUUCAACAUGCAAAACGCCGUGACCGCGUCCUCGUUCGAGGGCGAAAUGGAAGAGCUAGCGAUCGGCGAGAUACCGGUUUCGUUCUGGAACUUCGUAGAUGGGGAGAACAAUCAGAAGGAGGCGCUCGAAAGGGACAAACUGGUGAACUUCCAACCGAGCACCGGAUACAGAUUCGACAGGCACGGGUACGCUAUCCUCAGCAAGAGGAACUUGAAGAUAUCCCCGGACAGCAAGAAGUUCAGUAUCAAGCUCAACUUCAAGACGUUCGCGGAGAACGGGCUGAUAUACUUGAUGGGAAAAGGCAAGCAGUUCCUCUCUCUGGAAACGAGGAACGGUCAUGUACUCUAUCAGUACGAUCUCGGCGACGGAGAAACGAGCCUGAGAUCUUCGGGCAAGUAUAACGACGGGAACUGGCAUAAUCUGGAGGCUCUUAGGUUCGAGAAAAUGGGCGUUUUGAAGGUCGACGGUGUCGACCUGGUAAACAGCAAGGCUGCGGCUGGAAACAGCAAGAACUUGGUGUCCUCCGAUCACAUCUACUUUGGUGGGUACCCGCCGAAUGCCAAGCAUCCUUACGGUCCUGUGACCAACGAAGGCUUCGAAGGUUGCAUCGAUCAAGUGGUUAUCCUAGACACGGUGGUCGAUUUGACUCGCAACAUUCAAGCGUUCGGAGUCAUUCCUGGCUGCCCAGCGAGGUUCGCCAGUCUGGUCUCCUUCGAAGAGGGUACACCCGGUUACGUGAAAUGGCCGAACGUUUCCGUAUCGGACACCCUCCAAGUGAACCUCAAGUUCAAGACUCUAGCGAGCGACGGUCUAAUUUUCUACAUAACCGAUCACGACACAGGCGCGGUUAGUUUUCUGUCGCUGAUCGACGGUAUACUGGUCUUCGACAGCCAGGGCAAAGAAUUGAAGACGAGCCUGUCCGGCAUCAAGUUCAACGACAACGAGUGGCACGUGGUUACGGCCACCCACACGAUAGACUCUUUGAAACUCGACAUCGACGAUACCAAAAAUUACAAUACCGACUUCGAACCGCAACCGUUCUUCGUACCUAACGGCAGCAUGUACAUCGGUGGACUGCCAGCUACAUUCGGCAUCCUCCAAACCGGCAUGAUGACUCCGUUCGUUGGUUGCAUCGGUGACGCGACGCUCAACGGCGCCAUCAUCAACUUCGCCAACACCACUGAUAGACCUCACGCUUUCCUGGGAAAAUGCAAGAGUGGAGAUCUAUCCUCUAUACCAUCGGUAACCGAACCGGAACCGGAUGUAUUACCGCCGUUGCUACCAACGGAGAGUCUAGACGACAAUGUCGAGAUAUCCACCCAUAUAAAUGUCGUAGACGUUGAUUUGGAAAAAGGAACAGAUGAUGAAGAACCUCGUAACACAGGGGGUCGCGGUGAUUAUAACGAAGAAUUUACUACGACCACCGAGCCUACGUCUACCCAAAGACCAACGCCAGUCCACGUGGAUCAGUGCCGAUUGCCUUACUACCCGGCGGAUGAUCCUGACUUGGAUAACGCUUGGAGAUUCGGCACCGCGAGAAACAGCAGAUUGGAGUACAGAUCUUUGAACGGCAGAUACAAGAACGACUACGACUUCCAAAUUGACGUUAAAACUAUGGCUGAAGAUGGAAUUAUAUUCUACACUUCGGAUCUCGAUAAUCAGAGUUUAAUCGCCGUGUACGUCAGCGGUGGAAAGCUUCAUUAUAAAUUCGACUGUGGAAGCGGGCCCGCUUUACUGGUCAGCGAAAAAAGGAUAAACGACAAUCAAUGGCAUACGGUCAUAUUCAAGAGAGAGGGAAAUUACGGAGAGCUGCUCGUCGACGAAGACUCACGGGUAACAGGAUAUUCCGAAGGACCCUCGGGAACUAUGAACGUGAGCCCGCCGUUCUACGUGGGUGGCGUCCUGCAGGAUGCAUUCAACAAAGUGUAUAAUACGAUUGGUACAAAUGAAACGUUCAACGGAUGUCUAGGAAACUUUAUGGUAAACGGACAGCCAGUUGGUGAACCGAUAAACAAAGUAGGCGUGAUUCCAUGUUCGAAACGGGUGGAACCAGGACUAUUUUUCUUCCCAGGCAAUGGUAGCAAUUUGUUCAGAGCGCUGGAUAGGUUCACAGUCGGCAGAACAGUCGAUAUCCAAAUGGACAUCAAGCCACGUUCCGCGUCCGGCCACUUGUUGUCUGUUCAUGGAAAAAGGGAUUACCUGGUAUUGGAGAUGAUAAACGGAACUGUCAAGUUCCUUGUGAAAACUGCAAAGGGCUCGAUAGAAACUUCCGUCGAACCAACAAAUACGAAUUCCCUGUGCGAUGGCAAUUGGCACAAUAUUCGAGCUGUCAAGCAGAAGAAUUCCGUAAUUUUGUCAGUGGACCACAAAGCAUCCCCGCCAGGUAUCGGUGGUAAAAAUGUGGCCGGAGUUCUGUCGAAACAUCCGAUCUUCAUCGGUGGUCAUCCGAUGCUUGGAAAGAGGUUGCGAGGAAGCACCUCGCAAGCACAGUACGUUGGAUGUAUCACAAAUAUUCACAUCAACAUGAUACCGAUAAGUCUGGGCCCGGAACGUGCGUACGGAAAAGUUAUUGCUGGCGUGUGUCCAACGAUAUAAAAAUAAAA